UGACCAACACUGACUCUGGCAUGGCGCAAAGCAGUCCACAGCUUGAUAUUCAGGUUCUCCAUGAUCUUCGACAACGUUUUCCUGAAAUUCCAGAGGGCGUGGUAUCUCAGUGCAUGUUACAGAAUAACAACAAUCUAGAAGCCUGUUGUCGAGCCCUUUCCCAGGAGAGCAGCAAAUACUUGUAUAUGGAAUACCAUAGUCCAGAAGACAAUAGAAUGAAUAGAAAUCGCCUUUUGCAUAUUAAUCUGGGUAUCCAUUCUCCUAGUAGCUACCACCCAGGAGAUGGAGCUCACCUUAAUGGUGGUCGAACACUGGUACAUAGCUCAAGUGAUGGACAUAUUGAUCCUCAGCAUACAGCAGGUAAACAGCUGAUAUGUUUAGUUCAGGAACCACACUCAGCUCCAGCUGUUGUGGCUGCUACACCCAACUAUAAUUCAUUUUUUAUGAAUGAACAGAACAGAAGUGCAGCUACUCCGCCUUCACAGCCACCUCAGCAGCCAUCUUCCAUGCAAACAGGAAUGAAUCCAUCCGCUAUGCAAGGUCCUUCACCACCACCACCACCUCCAUCCUACAUGCACAUACCUCGAUAUAGUACAAAUCCAAUUACUGUUACAGUGUCCCAGAACCUUCCUUCUGGACAGACUGUACCAAGAGCUUUACAGAUUCUUCCACAAAUUCCAAGCAAUCUCUAUGGAUCUCCUGGUUCUAUUUAUAUUAGACCGACAUCUCAGAGUUCAUCAGGAAGACAGACUCCUCAGAAUGCUCCAUGGCAGUCCUCACCACAAGGCCCAGUGCCUCAUUACAGCCAGCGUCCUUUACCUGUUUAUCCACAUCAACAGAACUAUCAACCUUCUCAGUAUUCUCCCAAACAACAGCAGAUUCCUCAGUCAGUUUACCAUUCACCGCCUCCUUCUCAGUGUCCUUCCCCCUUUAGCUCUCCGCAGCAUCAAGUACAACCACCCCAGCUGGGCCACCCAAGUUCUCAUGUUUUCAUGCCACCUAGUCCUUCAACUACUCCACCCCACCUAUAUCAACAAGGACCUCCUAGUUAUCAGAAACCAGGAAGUCAUUCAGUAGCCUAUCUCCCUUAUGCAGCAUCUAGCUUACCCAAAGGUUCCAUGAAGAAGAUAGAAAUUACAGUUGAACCUUCUCAAAGACCUGGGACAGCAAUAACUAGAAGUCCGUCACCCAUCAGUAAUCAACCAUCUCCAAGGAACCAGCACUCACUGUAUACAGCCACCACGCCACCUUCAAGUUCUCCUUCAAGAGGGAUAUCUAGUCAACCAAAACCUCCAUUUAGUGUUAAUCCUGUGUAUAUUACAUAUACACAGCCAACUGGACCUUCAUGUGCUCCAUCACCAUCUCCUCGGGUGAUACCAAACCCAACUACAGUUUUUAAAAUUACUGUAGGCCGAGCAACAACUGAAAACCUUUUGAAUUUAGUGGACCAAGAAGAACGCUCUGCAGCACCAGAACCUAUUCAGCCUAUUUCAGUGAUACCAGGCUCUAGGGGAGAAAAGGGAAACCACAAGUAUCAAAGGAGUUCUAGUUCUGGAUCAGACGACUAUGCCUAUACACAAGCCUUGCUGUUACAUCAGCGAGCAAGAAUGGAGAGGUUAGCAAAGCAAUUGAAACUUGAAAAAGAGGAGCUAGAGCGCUUGAAAGCUGAAGUUAACAGUAUGGAGCAUGACCUGAUGCAGAGACGGCUUAGAAGAGUCAGCUGCACCACUACAACUCCCACGCCUGAGGAAAUGACAAGAUUGAGAAGCAUGAACAGACAACUCCAGAUAAAUGUUGACUGUACACUGAAAGAAGUUGACCUCCUUCAAUCUAGAGGAAACUUUGAUCCAAAAGCCAUGAAUAAUUUUUAUGACCACAUAGAACCUGGCCCAAUUGUACCACCGAAGCCAUCUAAAAAAGACUCAUCAGACUCCUGUGCAAUUGAGAGAAAAGCCCGAAGAAUUAGUGUGACUUCCAAAGCACCGGCAGAUAUCCAUGAAUCCCAGGCUGCAGCUGCAGAAGAACAUUUAAGUGGCUGCAGGCAGAGUCCUCGGACACAACCCCGAGAUGAGGAUUAUGAAGGGGCUCCAUGGAAUUGUGACAGCUGUACCUUUCUCAACCACCCUGCACUGAACCGCUGUGAGCAGUGUGAGAUGCCACGGUACACUUGAAUUCA